AUGGCUCCUCCAACUUUUGCCCCAUACAAUGCUGCUGCUGAGACGUGGGAUGCGUACGAAGAGAGGUUUGAAUGUUUUUUAGAAGCCAACGAUUUUACUGACCUCUCAAGCAGUAAGAAAAGGGCUCAUUUUUUAAAUGCUUGUGGCCCUGAGGUAUUUGCUACUGCCCGAGCGUUACUUGCUCCCCAGCCUGUGCAUACUACUUCCUGGGAAGUUUUGAGGCAGAAAUUGAGGGCUCACUACGCUCCAAUUCCGUCUUGUAUAGCCCGUAGGUUUAAUUUAAGGCAAAUACUACAAGAGGAAGGGGAGCCUGUCAACCAUUAUGUCGCCCGUCUGCGUACAGCCGCCAUCGACUGCGAGUUCCGGGAUUUAGAGGACGCUUUGGUCGAACAGUUGGUUUGUGGGGUACGCGACAUAAACUUACAGAAGCGUUUGUUAGCGAAAAAAACCCUAGAUCUUCAAAUGGCCAUGGAAGAGGCUCAGGCGGCGGAGAUGUCAGAUAAAUCCGCCGCGGACAUCUGUAAGUGCCAUCCCUCUGCUAAUCAAGCCACGGCUGUCCAUAGUGAGGAGGUUGUUUCUGAAGACGAUGAAGAAGAGCCGGAAGUCAGUCGUAUUAAGACGUUUACUGAAAAAGGUGGGCGGCCAACCAGGAAAAAACCUCCUCCAUCCUCCUGCCUCAGCUGCGGUGAUCAGCACCCCCGAACAACUUGCCGGUUCCGUUCAGUGACAUGUCGACGUUGCGGCAAACUUGGCCACCUCGCACGUGUCUGCCGCUUGGGUCGCCAGAGGCAAUCUACGUUUCGACCAAAAGGUGCUGCAGUCAUCAGUGAAGACUGUUUUGCGAUAUUCCGCGGCCGGCGGGUCACUGAACUAACGACCCACCGUGACUCCACUACACGUUCAAACAAGCUUUUCCUGACUGUGAAGAUUGAAGGUGUUCCUUGCAGGAUGGAAGUCGACACCGGCUCAUCUAAAUCCAUUGUCUCCUGGACCACCAUCAAAGAAAUGAUGCCUAGCCUGCAGAAAAAUCAGCUUCACCCCAGCCCUGUUAAGCUUAGAGAUUAUCAGGGAAACCGGAUUCCAAUUAUUGGGCACGGUCGUUUCCUAGUUGAAUAUGAUAGUUUCACUGGCCGCCUCCCCUUAAUCGUGGUGGAUGGCUCCCUUCCUAGUCUGUUAGGCUUAGAUUGGUUUGGAUCCUUUGGCCUUGCCAUCACAGGCAUCCACUCAACAUCAUCAGAGAGCGAUUUUGAUAUGUUGGCUAGCGAAUUCAAAGAUGUGUUCAACGAUGCUCUGGGUAAAUAUGUGGGUUCCCCAAUUUCACUGAACUUAGACCCGAACAUUGCCCCUAUUAGGCUCAAACCCCGGAGAGUACCUUUGGCCCUCCGUCCAAAAGUAGAAGCCGAGUUAGAUAAGUUGAUUGCCCAGGGAGUUUUAGAACCCACUGACCAUUCCCAGUGGGAAACCCUUGCUAAGCUUGAUCUAGCUCAAGCGUAUCAGCAGCUUCCGGUGGAUGAGGCCUCAGCUGAAGCCCAAACGAUUGUAACCCACCGGGGAGCUUUUAAGUGCAAACGGUAUUUAAUUGACGCCACAGGUAUCCACCCUACUCCCUCAAAGGUGGCAGCUAUAAAAAACGCUGCUGUUCCAACGUGCAAAGCUGACCUGCAAGCUUUUCUGGGGCUCCUCAAUUUUUAUAGCGUAUUUUUACCCCAUAAAGCCACCUUGGUGGAGCCUCUUCACCGUUUAUUGGACAAAAAUACGCCAUGGUCCUGGGGCGAGGCUGAAAACCGUUCUUUCCGGGCUGUCCAAGACCUACUAACAUCCUCUGCUGUCCUGGUACAAUAUAGUUCUCACCUUCCUCUGGUAAUAACAGCGGAUGCAUCCCCUUUUGGCAUCGGUGCCGUCCUUAGCCAUAGGUUUCCAAAUGGAAUAGAAGCACCUAUUGCCUAUUAUUCCCGUACUCUUUCCUCCACGGAACGCAAGUAUAGUCAAUUAGACAGGGAGGCCCUAGCCGCAGUGGCUUCUGUAAAGAAGUUCCACGAUUAUAUUUAUGGCCGCCAUUUUGAUUUGGUCACUGACCAUAAGCCUCUUCUGGGGCUCUUAGCUGGGGACCAUCAGACUCCUUUGAUACUUUCCCCCAGGAUGUCCCGUUGGACUGAGUUUUUAGCGGCUUAUAAUUACACCUUAAGAUACCGCCCGGGUAAGGAGAUCGCGCAUGCUGAUGCGUUGAGCCGCUGUCCGUUGCCCUUGCCCGUGGAGGACCCUGCACCGACCUCUUCUGUCCUCCUUGUAGAGGAGCUGCCCAUUCCAUUAUCUGCAACCGACGUUGCCGCCCACUCGGCAGUUGACCCUUUGUUAGCACAGGUGCUCGACUGGGUGGCAAGGGGGUGGCCAUUAGGACAAGUGGCCGAGCAGUUCAAGCCGUUCCGGCUCAGGCAACACGAACUUUCUGUCCUCCGGGGUUGCCUGUUGUGGGGUCAUAGGGUCGUUAUUCCCCCAAAAUUGCGUAACUCUAUUUUGGAGUGUUUACAUGAAGCCCACCCUGGUAUAAUCAGGAUGAAGGGGCUUAGCCGAAGUUAUGUGUGGUGGCCAGGGAUCGACCAGGAUAUAACAGAUUGGGUAGCCAAAUGCCAAACUUGUCAGCUGUCGAGGCCAGCAGCACCAUCUGUCCCUCCCAGGGAGUGGGAAUUCCCGAGGGCUCCAUGGUCGCGGGUCCAUCUGGAUUUUGCUGGCCCCUUUAUGGGCCGCCAGUUCCUUAUUGUGGUGGACGCAUAUUCAAGGUGGGUCGAGGUAGAAAUAAUGCCAUCCAUCACAUCAGAGGCCGUCAUACGUGUUUUAAAUAAAUUAUUUGCUACACAUGGCCUUCCGGAUGUUCUAGUGUCCGAUAAUGGCCCACAACUGACAUCCGCCCCAUUUCAAAUGUUCCUGGCCAGUUUAGGAAUCCGCCAUGCCCAGAUUGCCCCUUAUUGUCCCUCCAGUAAUGGUUUGGCAGAAAGGGCUGUGAGGUCAACUAAAGAAGCGCUGGCAAGACUAGGACCAAGGGGGUGGCAAGAAAGGGUUUCCACAUAUUUGCUUUCUCAGCAUACAACACCUUGUUCAAGCACUAAUCGAAGUCCUGCUGAGAUGCUGAUGGGCCGCCGAUUACGAACAACACUUGACCGUCUGCAUCCUUUAUACAACUCAGACCGGCCUACAACAGGCUAUUUGCCACCUAGGGUGUUUAAAGAGGGGGACCAGGUUUUUGCGCGAAACUAUGGGGGUGAUCCCCGUUGGUUGCCAGGACAGAUUAUACAAGUAACGGGUCCCUGUUCUUACAGGGUCCUGCUCGUUGAUGGCAGAACCUGGCGGAGACAUGUGGACCAGUUACGGAAACGUGUGUUCGAAAAAAACCCGGCAGAGGCUGUGAGUCCGUCACCUACAACAACGCUAAGUUCCAUGCCAGGUCCAACGUUAAGUUCACAAGCAAAUGAAAACUUAACGCGGGGCGCCGCAAGGAGCCAGCAGUGGCUCAACUUACCUGAGAUAGAGUCCGAGGCUGGGAAGUCUGUUACAGGGAACAAUCCGUCAAUUGUACCGUUAUCUUCUCCAUCCAUGCCGGAAUCAGCUGCACCUGUUAUCGAACCUGAACUACGACGGUCCGGACGAACACGCAGGCGCCCGGCGUACCUUAACGAUUACACUUGCGUGAUCCAGGAGGGGAGGGGUGUUAUGUCUAGCAGGGUUUAGUUAUAGUUGUAGUGUUGUUAUUGGAUGAAACCGAUGACGUCAUCAGCACGGAAGAUUCUUUUGUUAGCCAUUGGCUAGAGCAGUUGAGCUAUUCAUAUAUAAGAGCUGUCAACUGCCAUUUUCUAGCUGAGCAGUUACAGUUACAGUUACAGUUACAGUUACAGUUACAGUUACAUGGUGAAGCAAUAAAGAG